UGGCUGCAGCGCGCGGGCGGGGUCUCGUGGGCAGUCCCAUGGGUGUGGCGCAGGGUGGCCUCGACACUGUGUGUGUGUGUUUGGGGGGGGCCCGUGUCCUGGUCCCUCCGAGGCCGCGGGGCUAGCAGCCUGGGCCGGCUCCGGCGGCCCGGACGUUGACGGGGGUGUCACAUCCGGCGGGCGAGCCGGGCCUCGUGGAUCCCGGAAGUGUGGGCGCGGCUGUGGCUUCACCCGCGGUGGCGGCGGCGGCCCCGGCAGUUGGGAGAACUGAGAGGCAAACGGAAGCUGGAUGUGAAGUCAUUGAGGCCAUCUGUCUUGUCAAGUCAGAGCCACGGGACAGAGAAGAGGCUUGGCUGCGCAGCCGGACUGUGUGGCAGGAAGCCAGCAGAACAGGCUGCGUUCUGGGCACUCAUGCUGCUCCAAGUGGAAACUUGUCAGUGUGAUCGUGCCCAGCUGGGAAGGAUGGAGACCCUGAAAGACAAGACCCUGCAGGAGCUGGAGGAGAUGCAGAAUGACCCGGAGGUGAUCAGCCGGCUGGCCUUGGAGUCCCCUGAGGUCCAAGACCUGCAGCUGGAGCGGGAGAUGGCCCUGGCCACCAACCGGAGCCUGGCCGAGCGGAAUCUGGAGUUCCAAGGUCCCCUAGAGAUCAGCCGCUCUAACCUCUCGGACAAAUACCAGGAGCUCCGGAAGCUCGUGGAGCGGUGCCAGGAGCAGAAGGCCAAACUGGAGAAAUUUUCUUCAGCACUGCAGCCAAGCUCCCUGUUAGACCUGCUGCAGAUUGAGGGCAUGAAGAUAGAGGAGGAGUCCGAGGCCAUGGCUGAGAAGUUUCUGGAAGGCGAGGUGCCCCUGGAGACCUUCCUGGAGAACUUUGCCUCCAUGAGGAUGCUGUCGCACCUGCGCCGGGUGCGCGUGGAGAAGCUGCAGGAUGUGGUGAGGAAGCCCCGCGCUUCCCAGGAGCCCAGCGGCAGUGUCCCUCCACCACGUCCGCCACCCCCGCCUCGCCCGGCCCCCCAGGCCACACCCCCUGUGGCUGAGGAGCAGCCACUGCCCUUGGUCCCUUCAGGCCUUCCAGUCGUGCCUCCCUACCCUUUGCCCUACAGCCCUUCUCCCAGCCUGCCCGUGGGCCCUACUGCCCAAGGUGCCCUACAACCAGCCCCUUUUCCUGUGGUGUCCCAGCCCUCCUUCUCCUAUGGGCCUCCUCUGGGCCCCUCUUAUCCAUCAGCACAGCCAGCACCCAGGGCUGCAGCAGCAGGCUACUCCUGGUCCCCACAGAGGAGUAUUCCGCCCCGGCCAGGCUAUCCCGUAGCACCAGUUGGCGCCUCUGGACCUGGCUAUCCCCUGGCAGGGGGCCCAACCCCCAGUCCUGGUUAUCCUCAACAGUCACCCUACCGCCCAGGAGGAGGAAAACCACCCUACCCAACGCAGCCCCAGCUUCCGGGCUUCCCAGGCCAGCCCCAGCCCUCGGUGCCCCCGCGGCCCCCGUAUCCCCCGGGGUCUGCCCCUCCCUAUGGCUUUCCACCACCUCCAGGGCCCGCCUGGCCUGGGUAUUAAACACUGCCCUGGCCCUUGGCUAUCCCUAUUUGCACCAGUACCAUAACCUUUGGCCGACCCAUCACUGAGACUCCAGGUUCAAAUGCAAGUGGAGUCCGUGCUCCCUGUGGACUUGCCUGGGCACUCAGAGACCUCGGAGAGGCCCUGCUAGGGGUAUGCAGCCCCCAGACAGCAGUGAGCAGUGUGUCCAACUGGCAGUGGUAGAGGUCCCAGCCCCUGCCACCGUUCUGCCCGCAGGCCCGUCUGGGAGCCCAUCCUUUGUGUGAUUGGCUCCAGUUUUUCUGGUGCUAGCCAGGCUGCACACCCAGGACCCCUGUGGGUGUCUGUGGGGUUGGACAUAUGCAUGCAUUGUGGACACUGAGCCCAGGACAGAGGGGUCUCAGUGAUGAGGGGGCCGUCGGUCUCCCACCCCCCUCCCUCCCCAUCCUCGGGUGUUUCAGCCCCCACCCAUAGAUACCACUCUUGGUGUCUGUCUAAUCCGUUCUAGGGUGAUCUGCCCUAACUCGCAACUCCUUGGCAGGAGUGGAGUUGGAGGGAGAAGAUGGCAGAACAGCACUUCUUCUGUCCUACGAAGCCAUACUUAACCCCGGUGGACUGGUGGCAGAUGCACUUGGCGUGCAGGAGAGCUGCAGGGAGGGGGCGUGCAGGCU